AUCGUGACCAAAGAUUAGUAGCUAACUAUAAAUUGGCCAAGCGAAUGUUCCGGCAUCAGAGGUCUGUCAACUCGGUUGCCGCCAUGCUGUCCAUACUCCUGCUCGCCUGCGUCGUCGCGUCCGCGUUCAGCGCCGACAUCACCGACAACAAGGGACCAGAAAUCGUCGGCGAUUACCAGCUGGUGUACGUCUGGCCGAAGACGACCCAAGCGAUUCCCAACUGCUACAAAACCUCCUACUCGUACAGAGGCUUCGAAGGUCACCGAGUAACCUGCGACUGCAAAAGAAAUAACCCCAACUUGGCCCUACUCUGGCAAAACACCAAGUGGGUGGGCAAAGCGAUCCUUUUCGACAUCGUCGGCAGCUUUGACGAGGCCAAGGCCGCUCUGAGCGACAGCUGCACCUGCGAACCCUUCAACUUCAACCGUGUCCAGGCUCAGAUGCUCUCCGACAAUCUGCUGCUGGAGUACGAGCAGGAGGAGAUCCUGAGGCACUACAUCUUCGCGAAGACGAUCCCCACUGAGGCGGAGAUACGCGAAGCCAUUACCUCUAUAAAGGACCUGAAGUACGAAGAUGGGAUGUCGGUGUGCAAAUAAAUAACCAGCGAAUAAAAACAUCUACAUAUACACUUUUUCAAUUCAGAAUAAUAGUUCAAUCUCAU